UAUUCAGAAACAGUGGAAACGUUGCAGCUAUGUCAGGCCAGUCCAGAUGACUUUUUUAUAUGUCAAUACUGGCAUGACACAGCUGGAACACUUUCGCUGCCGCUGAAAACGAACUCUACGUCGUUGUCCACUUUCUGAACGGGCUACACUAUUUUCUUUUGGCUCCUGCUGCUGCGGUACUACGGUCGGCGAUUUCAAUAUGUACCAGGACUGGCAGACGGGUACCUGCAAACAAAAAAAUGAGGCGGCGUUGUGCACAGUGGGUGUGGGCAUGGCUGUGCGUGUGGACGGCAGCGGCAACAGCGAUGCCGCCACCUGCACUGCCCGGCAAGCGAGAUGUGUUCGUAUCACGUGGCUGGGGGGCCGGCGGAAUGCCCUUCAGUGUGCUCUACCUGCCCGCACCUGUCCUGCCUGCAGGCGAGCCACAGCCACAGUCAGAACAGCCUGUGUCACAGGCACUUACAUUUCCCAAUGGAGCAGAGGAAGAGGACGAUGAAACUGAUAUCCCAGAAAUCGCUGAACAAGAUGCCGGCCUACCUCAAACAGCUGCCUACCGUGCGAUGGAGCUGCGUAAUGCUAGGGAGCUCCUACAGCAACCACUAUCCCGCAAGCACUAUUCUGUCAUACCUCAGCUGUUCGUAUCUUACGGUUGGGGCCCACUUGGAAAAUAAAACUGAAAUUUUCAUCCACUCUAUUCCAUUCUAUACUCAAAAGCUCCUGUGUAUGUGAAUGAACUUAUUUAACUAAUACAAUCAAUUUUUGGCAAGUUUGUCAACUUAUUCACUGAAAUACAUGUAAUAAAAUCACGUAGAGAAGUGAGUCAAUAAACAGCAUCCCUGCUUACCU